AUGCUCGUUGCAUACAUGCUCCAAUUUCUCGAUAAACAGACAUUGAGCUCAUCUACAAUUAUGGGCAUAAUAACAGACCUCAAAUUGCAUGGCUCUCAGUAUAGCUGGGCUUCGAGCUGCUUCUAUUUUGGCUAUCUUUUUGCAACAUACCCGGUUUCGUUGAUCUUAAUCAAGUUUCCGCUGGGAAAGUCCCUAUCAAUCAUGUUUUUGAUUUGGGCCAUUAUACUUGCGUGCCAUGCUGCGAGCAAGAACUUUGCGACACUGAUGGUUGCACGGUUCUUCCUCGGUAUUGCCGAGGCGAGCAUCUCGCCCGGAUUCAGUCUGAUCACAUCACUCUGGUAUCGAACCUCAGAGCAGCCAUGGAGGCACGGUCUUUGGUUCUGCGGAAACUCACUCUCAUCGGUCUUCAGUGGACUAAUCGGAUAUGGAAUCUAUCAUAUCCAUGAUAGUCUGGCUUCCUGGAAGUGGCUCUUCAUUAUUUUUGGCAUUUUGACAUUUGUGUGGGGGCUCGUCCUAUUAUGGCGCUUGCCUGAUAGUCCGCAAAAUGCCAAAUUCAUCAGUGAAAAGGAGAAGAAGAUCGCCAUGCACCGAUUGAAGGCCAAUCAAGCAGGUUUCAAGAGCAAUAAACUAGAGCUUUCUCAGAUAAAAGAGGCUCUUCUCGAUUAUAAGACUUGGCUUGUUGCUGUCUAUUCUCUCACCACAAAUAUCCCCAAUGGGGGAAGUUUAGCUUUCUCUUCAUUGAUUCUUGAAGGAUUUGGCUUUUCGGUUCUAAACACUUUCUUGAUGGGAAUUCCAAUGGGAAUAAACAUACCUAUCUUCAAAGCUGCCGAAUGCCAGGUGUCUGAUAAUUGCAGCGGUCAAUGUUAUCAGGUUUGUGACCGUCCUCCUGAGUUGACUACAUAUACCCUAGAGAUGACUAAUUUUGAGUUUUCGCGGCGCUCUAGCAUUACUGGCGCCGUUGUUAUCUAUACUUGCGACACCAUUGGAGCGAAAUACGCUGGACUUUGCCUUAUGCAAGUCUUCUCCAGUGGCAUGCCUCUCUCAAUGGCUCUGGUCAGCUCUAACAUAGGAGGCUUCACAAAACGAGCCACCGUGAUCACAGGUUUGUUCACGUGUUAUUGCGCUGGAAAUAUUAUCGGUCCUCAGCUGUUCUUCGCCCGGGAGGCCCCUCGCUACAAGUCUGGCUUCCUCGCCAUAAUAAUAUGCUUUGCGAUAUCCACUGUGACCAUCCUCGUUCUUCGCUAUUUGCUAAUUUUUGAGAACAACAAGCGAGAUCGCACGUCCGUUCCGGUGGAACAAAGGGAAGAAGAACUACGCUUGGCAGACUUAACAGAUAUCGAAAACAAAAAUUUCCGAUACGCUUAUUAG